AUGUCCCGACGCCCCGUUAUUGUUCUCAGUAAACCUAUCAACAAGUUGCGCGACCACAAAGAGCGACAACAAAAAGCGGACGAAGACGAUAAGUUACUCGUAGAUGAUAAUAUCGAUAGCAAGCGGAAACAAACGAUGCGGCUAUUCGUUGAGAAAUAUAAGGGCGAGAACUUUGACCAAAUUUGGUUGGGUCUUUGCAAGGACCAGAAACGCGAAAAGACUAUCAUAAGGUCGUACUUUCGAGAUUAUGUUGAGUCAUCGCAGAAAACCCGCCCAGCCUUCGAGAAUGGGGACAACGAAAGCCAGAGUAUCCAGACGAUUACUAUACGUUUUUAUGUCUAUGCGUGUUAUUAG